AUGAUGUUCAGUGGCACGAGGCGGGCUAAAAUCGUAAAGCACAAUUCUCCGGAAAAUACAACCAGAUACUCGAAACAGGAGACCUUAUCAGCCAGCGUGUGCCAAAGGAAGGAGUGGACGCUCUUUCUUGUUUUACAAUGUGGAUGGCAUAUCUGGGUUUUAAAAGCUACUGGAGACUCAAAUUCUGGAAUCAAAUGGUGCGAGAAACAAUUGAUACAUAAUUGCUUUGUAAACUGGAUAUGCAUAUGCGUGGAAACUAUUAUUAUUAGACGGAAUUUGAUCUCAAUCACAAAAGGACGACCAUUUUCAUAGUCACCCUAGCUUUGGUGAUCGGGAGCAAAUUCUCUUGCAUUAGGGACGAGUUUUGUACACUGGUUAUGCAUAUACAUGGAAAUUUUUGUUACUAGAAUUCAACAAUUUAAAAUGUAUGUGUGUAUAUGUGUCUCAGAGGAUACAGCAAAUUGACUUGUUUAAAUCACAUUUGUGUUUUUGUGUUAAACAAAAGACUUAUUUGUAAAAACAAAAGAGAAUAAAUAUGAAUUUCCAAGUAUCUAUUACAUAUGUACAAAUCGAGUUUUUUUUGGGUGAGUACCAAUCAUUCGCUGGAUUUAAUGUAUGUUGCUAAAAAUCAAUGCACAAAAAACAUGUAUUUUGCUGCUGUUAGGAAGAUGAAAACAGGGACAGAAAGGUUUUUCCAAGGUGGAGCUUUUUACUAAUAAAAUUGUAAAGUAACUUACUAAAAACAGAGACGUUUUUUUUAACAGCAAGAAAUGUAUUAAACGAAAAAGCCAGUGUGCCGAUGGACAAAGUACAAUGUUACAACUGGUGUAUACUAUGACACACAAGAAAGCAGAGUGAGAAUAUGCUAAGUAUGACAACCAUUCACACAGUUUAAUUAUAAAUACUACCAACAAGAGAACCAACAAGAGAACCAGCCUAGAGCUAGUGUAAGAUUCGAGUAUCAGUAGGGUCUUGCAAGAAUGCCAAACUCGAGAAUCUUCAGUCACCUUCGUUAAUUGGGUUUCGACUUUCGAGAAUGUUAAUGUGCUUCCAGAUCUAUUAACAGGGCAACGCACAGGUAUCCAGCAGUAUCAAUGGUGAACACCCACUGGAACCUUCCUUUUUGUGCAUAGGG